AAAUAUACAUUUUUUAAUAAUACAUAUAUUUUAUUUUUAUAUAGAGAUACUCUAGACGAUGUACCCUGGGCUGUAUUGCUAUUACAUCAAUUUCGCUUUUUGGAUACUAUAGUUAAUAUUGAUAUUUUGACUACAAAUGUACAACAGCUAUUAGAAACAUGUCCAUUAUGGUUUCAAUAUGAACUCAUUUUAUUCCUACCUGAUAUUUUAUCGGAUGUUCAACACCAAACGAUCACUGAAGUUCUAACAAAAAUAUUAGAGGAAAAUUGUGAACUAACAAAUGUAAUUUUGAAUUGUAUUGCCAGUUUUAAUCUUGGCAAAGAAUAUUUGAAAGAAUAUAAAAUUAAAGUUUUACAUUUGUUAAAAACAAAUGUAAAAAUAGAACUUAUACCAAUUGUCAUUAGAUUUCUUCUGAAUGAUUGUGUGUGUUCUGAUCUUGUCAAACAAAUGUUACUUAUAUUACGCAAUAUAGAAAUGCAACCUCUUGCUGGAGAUAAAACUAAAGACUGUUAUAAAACUCAAGUAGAAAUAAUUAAAACGUUAAAAAUGUAUAUGUUAUUGUCUAAAGAUGUGACAGAUGCCGCAAUAACAGUAAUAAAAAAUAUUAAUAAAAAUCCAAAACCAUUGGAUUUAAUCAUUUUAUUUCUAAUAUUUUCUGGAACAAUAAAACAAAAAAGUGCAGAAAUUCUAUUGAAACAAAAUAUACAAUGUGGUUUUUACAGGAUAAGUUUGCUUCAUAUGCUUUAUAGUGAUUACAAAGAGGUUGUUCGAGAAUUACAAUCGCCAAUCUUACAUUUAGCUAGUAAACUGUUAAAACUCGAAGAAUGUGUAUUUAUUAAUUUUGCGACAGAAUGGUUCCGAUUACAGUUUCUCAGUCAAAAAGAAGUGCCAUUUAAGCAGCGUGAAAUUAUAAAAAAUGCUAUUCUUAUCAUGGGUAAUAAUGAUCAAACUGUAAAACAUGCAUUGACUGUACUUUGCAAAAUGACAGAAAAUACAACAGAAAGAGAUUGUUUAGUGUUACACUGUAAUCACUUGAGAAUUUUAUUAGAAAUAGAUUGUUUUGGACUGGAAGAAGUUGGUACUUUAAGUAAUUUGCUGCACAAAUUAUGUCUAGCUAAUGAUUCCACUUCAGAAUCUUUACGAGAUGAUUUAUUUAUAUUGUUACAAAAACAGUUAUCUACUGCUAAACCAAUUACAAAAUGUAAAGGUGUCAUGGGAGCAGUAAUGGCAAUAAAACAUUUAGCAGGAAAAGCUGAAACUUGUGACGAAGCUCUGAAAUUAUUCAAUAAAGUAAUGAAGAGUGUGAAGAGUUGUUCUAAAUCACAACCACUAUUUUAUGAUCAACUAACACAAAUAAUUACACAAACUGAACAUAUUAAUAUUAAUUUUGUCCAAAAAAUUAGCAAUUGCAUUGAAGACGAGUUUGUUAAUACAUAUAUGAUAGAUAAAUUACAAUCUAGUGAGGAUUUAGUACCUAAAUUUGGACUAAAUAAUACAGAAGAUGAACCACAAAACUGCGUGUUAAAUUUUGGAAAUAAAAAAACAGGUCCAAUCGCACCAAUACUAUUUCGACUUCUCAAAACAUGUUGCAUGAGACUUAGUGAAUGCGAAGGAUUGGAGGCUAUUGAUGCUCUUUUAGGAUGUGGAAUACUAAUGCCACAAAAUUUUAAUAUACCAGAACCUUUAACAUUAGAUUUUAUUAUAUGCGGUAUUAAUUGGUUUAGAGAAAUUAUUACAGGUUUUGUAACACAAACGGAUCCUUUAUUACGGAAACAAGUAUUGAAACGUUUAGACACUUUGAUAUAUUUGCAAAGUGAAUUGAAUGUAUUACUAACAUUAUGUGACACUAAAUAUCAACCACCACCGUGUUAUUUUCAUUAUUUUCCAUUGCCACCAUUUGUAAAAAUUGAACGGAAGAUUAAUAGAAAAGGAAAAAAAUGUAUAAACAAAGAAAAUAAAUUGGAUAGUUUUGUGACUGUAGAAAAUGAAUCCUGGGAGACAGGUUCUAUGUUGUGUUCUAAAAAUCCAGCAUACUUCAGAAAAUUUGACGCAAAGAUAACCCAUCUUUUGGAUAUUAAAAUAAAUACGCACUCAUCACAAUCUGAAAUACAAGGCAUAUCAAUAAAACAAGUAUGUUUUAUUGUAAGAGAACUUUUGAUAAUAUUCGAAAAUGAAUCUUCUGAAUUGUUUGUGAAAGAUUUAAUACAUACGUUACCAAAAAUCUGCUCAAAAUUAGAUGAUGUUAUUAGCAUAUUAAGACAAGAUGACAAUUAUGAUUUUCGAAAAAGUGCAAAAUUAUUAUUACAACUUCUUACUAAUAUUUUUAAUUGGAAAGGAUUUUCUAGUAUAACUUAUAAUACAUUGCUACGUGAGGGAUUACGUAUUUUGGCUAGACAAGUCAAUGAAAAAAAUGUUUCACUACGAUCUUGUAAGGAACUAGUUGCAGAAUCAUACAAAUAUUUUGAAUCCCUGUCGGAUAUUGCUACUGAAAUAACAUUAGCCACUGCUCUUGUCAACAUGUGUCAGUCAUUAAUGAAACAUUCAGAAACUUAUAUACAAGAAUAUAAAGAUAAACAUGCAAAAUUAUCAUAUGGAUUUCUUUGUUUGAGUUGGCCUCAAGAUAAACGUAUCGAUUCUCAAUACAAAUUAUCUGUUAUUCAGUUAUUGAAUAAUUGGAUAGACAAUGAACCAUCGCCGUUAAAAACAGUGACAUCAGUUCUGGAAUGGUUACCAAAUGAAGUCUGCACUUUUGAGACUAUUCAAAGUUCUCUAACAAGAAUGCCUUCUGUGAAAAAAGAUAUUUUUUAUUUAUUAUAUAAUAAGUUAUUUGAUGGUUUAAUUAAAGGUAUUACUGUAUCAUUGCCAAUGGUUAACUCAGAUCCAAAAAGAAUAAAAAUAUGGCAAAAUGUUUUUUCAAAUGUUCAAAAACUUGUGCAAAUUUGUAAAACUCUGAAAACAAAGACUAUUAUACGAUUAUUUCUGCGAUACAUGCCAUUAUUAAUAAAACAGUUUUUAAAUACUGGUAUGCCAAUACUUGAACAUAAUCUGAAAUAUCAAACGGAUGAUGUAACUAAUAUCCUGAAAAUGAUGCAGUGUGGUACACGAUACUUACAUGCUGUAUGUUGCGAUUGCACAGAGAAAAAAAACUUACUAUUGAUUAAAUAUGUACCUGCAGCAAAAUCUAUAUUAGAGAAAUUAAUUUAUAGCGUCAAAGGAAUGUUGGUUCUUAAUGAUAGUGCAGCAGCGUUUUGGAUGGGAAAUCUUGUCAAUAAAAACUUAGAUGGACAAGAAAUUUUUUCACAGACAUCAUCAGAAGAAACUGAAAUUUUACCAGAUAUUAAUACAAUUUCGGAAGGAUUAACAUCAUCUGAAAUUUUAGAUUCUGAUUUAGACGAAAAUUCAAUAGAAGAAACAGAAAAUGAAGAAGAUGAUGAAUUGUAAUCAUAUAAUAGGUAAAUCAAAACAACAAUAUUUUAUAAUUAUAAAAAUCAUAUAAAAAUACUAGAGUUGGAUAAAUAUUAAUUCUAUUUUUUAACUAACUUUAAGUUAAUGGCCUAUGAAAUCUUAAUUAUAUUAAAAGUUGCAUGAAAAAAAUUAACUUACAAGAAAAUGAUAAAAAUGAGAAGUUUAGUACUUUUGAAUAGUUUUGAAUUAAAAAAAAUUUCUAUAAGUAUCUUGGAAUAUCCUUAUUAACUAAGUAAAAUAGUAAAAUAGAUGUAUAACUCUGUGUUUGUAAUAAAAGAUUA